CGCCCUUCAUGCACAACUUUGCCAUCCGGGGGUCACCCGAUUUUACCAUUUUGUGAAAGCUCGGAACCUGCCGUACUCCCUGGAGGACAUCAGGACGAUGACCAGGGACUGCCAAAUUUGUGCCGAGUGCAAACCGCACUUCUACUGUCCUGACACGGCACAACUUGUCAAGGCCACCCGCCCUUUUGAACGCCUGAGUGUUGACUUUAAGGGCCCCCUUCCCUCCACUGACCACAAUGUCUAUUUUCUCAGUGUUAUUGACGAGUUCUCACGGUUCCCCUUUGCCAUCCCCUGCCCCGACACCACUGCCACGUCCGUCAUAAAAGCCCUGCGCCAGCUCUUCACUCUGUUCGGGUAUCCCUGCUAUAUCCACAGUGAUAGAGGGUCCUCCUUUAUGAGUGAGGAGCUGCGCCAGUACUUGCUAGCUAGGGGCAUUGCUACCAGUCGGACCACGAGUUAUAAUCCCCGGGGUAAUGGCCAGGUAGAGCGGGAGAAUGCCACAGUGUGGAAGGCCACACUUUUAGCCCUUAAGUCCAAAGGGUUGCCGGUCUCUCGAUGGCAGGAGGUCCUCCCUGAGGCACUGCACUCUAUCCGCUCUCUGUUAUGUACGUCCACCAAUGCCACCCCUCACGAACGCCUAUUCUCUUUUCCCAGGAAGUCUGUCACUGGGACCACCCUACCAGUUUGGCUGACGUCCCCGGGGCCAGUGCUGCUCCGGAAACAUGUGAGGAGCAAUAAAUACUCCCCGCUGGUGGAGAGGGUUCACCUUCUCCAUGCGAACCCCCAGUAUGCUUACGUGGUCUUACCUGAUGGGCGGGAGGAUACGGUCUCCAUCCGCGACCUGGCACCCGCAGGUGCAGCAGACCACUACCCUGAAGGCUCUCCGUUUCGAGUUUUCUGA